AUGCUCCUCAUCCCGCUGCCAGCCUGGCUGGCCUUGGGCAUCCUGCAGCUGCCCCUCGGCAGCGCCCGGGAGUGCCUGAGCCAGCAGCAGGCACUCAGUGCAGUGCGGCAGAUGCAGAAGCUGCUGGCGGCGCAGGAGGCUGCUCACCUGCGGGGCACGCGUGGUCUCCGGCAGCAGCUCUCUGUCCUCCAGAGCCACCUCCAGAGACAGGCCACCAAACGAAACGAGACCUGUCCGCAGCCGGUGGUGCUCCUGAAUGGACGGAUACUGGGCCAGAGCAUGCGGGUGGGCCACGACGUUCACUUCGUCUGUGAUGCCGGCUUCCGGCUGGUGGGCUCGCAGACACGCCCCUGCCGGCACAACCGCACAUGGAGCGGCACCCAGCCUUUCUGCAGAAGUAUUGAUGACUGCUCCAGCAACCCGUGUGCCAACGGUGGGACCUGCGUGGAUGGCAACCAGGGCUACACGUGCCUCUGCCCCCGGGGCUGGUCAGGCCCCAGCUGCCACAGCCCCAUCUAUGCCUAUGUGGAUGAGUGCCAGCUCUUCCAGUCCAGCCCCCAGACCCAGCUUUGCCUCCACGACUGCCUCAACCUCCCUGGCUCCUACCGCUGCCUCUGCCCCCCUGGCUACCUGCUCCACGCCGACCGCAAUGCCUGCGAGGAUGUCAACGAGUGUGCUGGGAAGCAGCACAACUGCACCCAGGGCGACCUCUGCAUCAACACCUUCGGGGGCCACCACUGCGUGCGCCCCAAGUGCCCCCCACCACGCCACAACACCAGCUACGUCAAGACCUCUGCCUUCCAGUGCGAGAGGAACCCCUGCCCCAUGGAGAGCCGAGCCUGCCGCCUGGCCGCCACCUCCAUCUCCUUUCACUACCUGCCACUCCAGGCCAACCGCACUGUGCCCCACGUCCUCUUCAAGAUGUCCACCACCCGCUUCGUGGGCGACAGCCUGCGCUUUGCCAUCAUGGGCAGCCGGGGCCAGGGUGUCUUCGCUGUGCGGCGCUCUGACCGGCAGACAGGAGAGCUGGUGCUCACCAGCCCUGUGGCAGGGCCAGCCACGCUGGAGGUGGAGCUGGAGAUGAGCGAGUUCUCCCGCAAGGUCCUCCUGGGCAAGCACAUCUUCAAGGUCACAGCCUUUGUGUCCCCAUACGAGUUUUGA